GCGAGUGGGAGCCCUUCUCUCACACGCAAAAGGGGACAUCUCAUCACGACUCUUGGUAGCAGGCACUUCUCCGUAGUGGGCACUCCACUCAUCGUGUCGUCGUACGGGUUCUCCGCGAGAGGCUGUGGGGCCCGAGCCCGGACGAACGAACAAACGAACGAACGAACGAACGAACGAACGAGCGAGCGAGCGAGCGAACGAACGAACGAACGAACGAACGAACGAACGAGCGCGACCGGCCGAGCCGCUGGUCGAGUGGGUCUAAGCGGCCGUGAGGACCUCUCCAGGAGUACCCGACAGUCCUCUUCAUUCAUUCAUCCAUCCAUCCAUCCAUCCAUCCAUCCAUCCAUCUAUCCAGCCAGCGAGCAAGCCAGCGAGCAAGCCAGCUAGCAAGCCAGCCAGCAAACCAUCCAUCCAUAGACGCUCUCUCCUCUCCUACGGAGAGAGAGUGUAUCCUCGACGAAGGUGGAGGCGAAACGCGUAGAGUGGUACAUCUACCAUCGUCUCUCUAUCGGCAGAGUCCAAGGACUCGAAGACCCCCCGGGUGAUUUCAGUCGGCCGCCGGCCGGCUCUGGCCGGCCACUACUUCUCCACGACCACGUGUGUGUCAUAUUUCCGUUCGCCGAGUCGUUUCGUAUCGUUUCGCAACGAAUCGUGUCGCGUCGUGGCGUGGCUUCUCGGUGCCGUGACGUAACGGAUCGUGUUGUGUCUACGUGUGUCUCAACCCCGACCUCCUUCGUCCUCCGAAAGACGACCACGGAUCAUCAGUCGUGUGCAACCGUGAAACCAGCCCUUCCUUCGAAGGAGGGGAGCCUCGUCCGGGGACGCUGCUCUCAUUUUUCCCAAGGUAGACGACGGUUCGCGACACCUGCAUCGAUCUCCUCGCCGUUGCUGGAGGCAAUUUUUCCAAAAUUUCGAUCGUGCUUCUCGACGGAGAGCCCUCGAGAGACCCCGUCCCGACCUCGUCACGACAUUAUCACGACCUGUUGAAUGGACAGAACGGGUCGAGGAUGACGCGGUAUCGUCGCUGGACGCGGCCAACGACGCUCGAGCACCGUGUGCACCGAUGCGAUGGACGCGUUUCCAAUCCGUUGAUCCGUUAGUGAAAACCGUCCGUGAGAUGCGCGUUAUCGAGUUACCUUGACCAUGAAACGAUGCAACACCUUUCAGUGAUCGGUGCGCCCGACAGGAUUAUUCGUUCAGGUGUAUUCCGUACUAUUCGUCGACACCGAUUAAUGGAACGAUUAAGUGUAACUGUGAAUCAUUUAAAAAACCGUGCCACGUGAUGAAUUUUUCCUCGACUCUCGUUGAACUCGUGAACAGUUUGUAGAAAAGAAACGAAUCGAAAUUUUUCGAUUCACCGUUGAAGAGGAGGAGGAGCGAGAAGAAGAAGAAGAGAAGAAGAAGAAGAAGAAGAAGAAGAAGAAGAAAAGAAUAUAAUCGCCGUGAGAUAUCGUCCCUUUGGAAUAGAAUAUCCGGCGAGAAAGAGGUCGGCGCGUGUCGUUUCCAGUCAUGUCGGUAUCCAGCGGCUAGCCCCGGCCUCAGGAUUCCGCGAAGCGCGAGCUUCAAGUACCUCGAGGGCGCGGGCCUCGUCGAGAUGAGCGGUGGCAGCGGCGGGAACAGCGCCGGCAACCAGGGGAACGGCAAUGCCACCAGCUACCACCAGCAUCAGCAGCAGCAACAGCAACAGCAGCAGCAGCAGCAGCAGCAGCAGCAACAGACUCAGCUGGAGCAAGCUAGCCUGCUGACAGAUCUGAACGGUAUAGACCUGGCGAUGAGCCUAUCGCCUAAACAGCACUCGUCCCACGUACAAGCCGCUGGUGGCGCUCAUACCACACCGUUUAGCGUCACUGACAUUCUCUCACCCAUCGAUAACGAAUCGUUCAGGAAGCUGGAGCAGGUGAUCGGCGUCGGCGUGGUCACGCAUUCUCAGGUCUCGCCUUACGGAAACGCGUGCGGCGCCCGUGUCGGCGGCAAUACCGGCAGCUCGAGCGCGAGCAGCGGCAGUCCACCGCUCCACGGAGGCUCGACGCCCGGUGGCGGAACACCGGGACCGGUUUCCGGUCCGAACGACGCCGCCGGAGGAGGCAGCGCAGCUGCCGGCACCGGCUCGGGCAUGACCGCCAUGGGCAACCCUUACGCGACCAUGCAACUCACCUCCCAGUACCAGUACUGCGCCGCUGAACUGUCCUACCACCAUGCGGGGCCAGCGGUCGCCGGAGGCGCGACCGCCACCGAUCCCAUGAGGUCCCAUCACCCGUGGUACGCGCCCGCUCCGCCGGCCACUAACGAUCCCCGCUUUGCCAUCUCGCGGCUAAUGGGAGCCGCGGCGGCUGGUGCCGGGACCAACAUGGCCGGCUGCUCGGUGGGCCAGUCAAUGGGCGACGUGACCAAGUCGUCGGGCAUGGGAGUGGGCGUCGGCGUCGGCGUCGGUGUUGGCAUGGGCGUCGGCGCGAUGCAAUUUCCCCACCUUCCGCAGAGGCGAAAGCGUCGCGUUCUGUUCACUCAGCAGCAGGUUCACGAGCUCGAGAGGCGGUUCAAGCAGCAGAAAUACCUGAGCGCGCCCGAACGGGAACACCUAGCCGCUCUGAUCCACCUUACGCCCACCCAGGUAAAAAUAUGGUUUCAAAAUCAUCGAUACAAGUGCAAGAGGCAAGCGAAGGAGAAGGCGAUGGCCGAACAGAAUGCUCAAAAUCAGAGCGCCAGUUCGCCGCGGCGGGUGGCUGUGCCGGUGCUGGUGAAAGAUGGGAAACCGUGCGGCAGCGGCGGCGGCAACGAGGGCAGUCGUGGCGGACCAAGCGCGGCCUUGGCGAGUCCAGCACCUCACAUGACGGCGGCGUCGAGCCCCCACGGCUCUCAUCACGCGGCCUCCUCGGUGCCUCAUCACUCGGUGGUCGGUGUGAACCACGUGAUAACGUCCAGCCAGAGUCUUCAGCAUUGCUCGUACUCGAGGACUGGUGCCCAACAGAGCAUGCAGCAGCAGCAACAGCCGCAAUGCGGCGCGUACCUACCUUUCCAAGGUCGGGCCUGGUAGUACAUGCCAUCCGCGGCGGGGGCCAAUCCCUCCGUCGCAGGUCCAGCUGCUUGGUACCCUCUGGAAGACAGCCCCUAGAAAAAGUCCUGUGUCGCGUGUUCUGUGAAUCGUUUCCAGAACCAGGCUUACCUGGAUCGUUGGAAUUGAACGACGAGACUGAUCUAGAGAGACACUGUCCUCCCUUGGUGACGAAUAUUCAUCGCAGAUGCUGGACAGAGACUCGGUGAAAUCUGCAACGCGCUUAAUAUCGUCGAAUACAAAGUGAUUCGAGGGACGUCGAAGGGAAGAGUAUUCUGCGUGGACCGCAGGACGGUUACUCGAGUGUUGAGCGCGAUGAUCUUUCCCUCGAGGGGAGCUCGAAGGAAGAGUCGCGCGAAGGUGCGAGUCACUUUGACUGUUAUUAAAUAUUUGGAUCGAUGAGAGUCGUGAUGAAAAGAAAUUUGGAAAUACGAAUAAUUUUCUGCGAUACAAAGUACUUACAUCGAUUUUUGUCAUAUUAACGAAUUGACAAAUUAUUAUUAUUGUAGAAAUUCAAUUCUGUUUCCUGUUCAGUCUCGAGAUCCGUUUUUUCACGGAAACGGAUCCAAACUCUUUCUAAAUUGCAAACGUUUAAAUUUCCGAAGGAAUAUUCGAUGUGAUUCUAUCUUGGAAGAGAAAUAAAAUUUGAUACACGAACAAACACGAAUGUGAACAUUUGGAAGAACGUUAUUAUAUAUACGUACAAUUAACACUUGUUUAUCCCAACAACGAUAACCAAUUGCGCUGAAAAAAUAUUGGAGGAUCGCCUAGCUGUUAUCGUCUAUUUUUCAUCGGCGGUUAAUCUUAUUACACAAACAAAGACCCAAAGUAAUCAGAACUUCAAUUUGACGUUAACAAUGAUACGAGUACUUUCUAAUUUAAUUUAAAAUGUUGCUUCGAGGAAAGAAUCUUGCCCGCCACUCAUUAAUUCGUAUAAAAGAAAUUCAUAUAAUUCGUAUUAAUUCAAAGAAUAACUUCAACCAAGUUUCGAAUAUUAAUUAAAUUUCAAUUUAACAAGACUAGCGUUGCUGUAUCGAGAUUGUUUUCCAAAUUAAUAAUAACGAGUCUUCGAUUGAAAAACGUAACUAAUUUUACAUAGCAUCGAUGCAACGAAAUGUUGAAACGGAUCGCAGGUGCGCGAAUAAUCCGGCUGGCGCACUCGAAACGUGUCGAUUCCAACUGCGAGAAACCGUACACCGAUCGCGGGCAUUGCGUGUGUCAUCGGAGACGUACUUUCGCGACAUUGUUGUACUGCAACAACGUGCAACAUCAAAAAGGACUCAGAUUUCCACUGGAUAGAAAUUCUACGUGCGGAGCGGUCACGAAUGGUCGAAGACAAGCUUUCGAAAUUUUUCAAUUAUUCUGGUUAUUUUAUUCCAACGGACCAAAGAGAAAAUAAUAGCGUGUAAAAAAAUUUUUCGAUUUAACGAGUUUUGUAAAACAAAAGCGAAAAAAAUAGGAUCGGAUAAAAGAAAAUAUUUUAAAUAAAAAUUUUGAAAAAGGGAAAAGAGAUAUCUAGCAAUUUAGAUAAUAGUUUUAUCUUAGCCACGGAUUCGUUACUUCGACGCACGGUCGUAAUCUGAGUAAAAGUACUAACGAAUCAUAGUUAAUAAUCAGAGAAAACGGGUCUGUUCGAGAUACUGCUGGAAUUGUCGAUACAUUUUUGCUCGAGUCCAAGCAUCAACCGAUUUCGGAAUACAUUAUCGAUAAUUCUAGAGAGUGAAAAAAUAAUCCAUUUGCAAGAACGCAAGUAAGAUGAACCUGAAACCAACAAAAAAGGAACGAAAUUCAAAUUCUACGUUCUAUGUUCUUUUUACUUUAGCAAUCAUUGUUCUAUUUUGAGAUCCAUUCAUAAAUUUAUCCCUUUUUAAUCGGACGUUUCUUGAAAAUUUAAAUUUUUACUCAAUAAUCCCAAACACGACAAAGAAAAAACCGUAAUGCCGAAAGUUUGUUCCUUUCAGGUUCCGUUCCAUAUCUCGGAGAACAUUUUAAAAGACAAUUUUAAAACGUCACUUCAACAGAUAUCCCAAUUGCAAGAAACAAUCCGUACCUAAAGAAGAAAAAAAAAACAAAAAAAAAAAGAAAGAAAAAGAAAAAAAAACGACGCUUAUUACCCGAAUCUAAAUCUACAAGCCACGUUCUCUUACAAUCCUCGCACGUAAAUACACGAGCCCGCAAUUUUUUCUCGAACGUAAACCACCAGAUUCCACCAGAGGAAGCGUUGGUUGAAAGAAGCAGAAUCUGUCGGUGGUGAAAAGGAUCAGCGGGGGGAAAGAAGAAGGCCACCAAUCGGGCUGCCAAGUCGGGGGAAAAACCUGAAUUACGUAGCGAAAUAGCAUUCUCUUAACUUUCACGAUUUCCGAGCGGCGGGAUUCGAAAGGGCGGGGAUGAAAGAGCACAAGAGCACGACUUAUACGUUAGAUUCGAAACAGACUCGAAACGGAUUAAUCGGCCGCGUGGUUUGUUCAAUUGAACGGCUCGGAUCCAACGUUUCCUUUCCCUUCCUGUUGGAAACGGUGAAACCGUGUCGCGAGCAUAUUUCAGACGGACACGUCGAGCCGGGGACACGCGUGUACAUAGUUAGAGAUGUAUAUUACGGAGAUAUAUAUUUCUCGCAUCCGUCGCGAAAUUGUGACGCGCGCGGUUCGCUCGCGUAGAAGAGAAUCGAUUUUCCACGGUCGACAACGACGAAGAUGAAAAACAAAACGUGCCGGAUAUGAAAAGGAGAGAGAGAGAGAGUGUGUGUGUGUGUGUGUGAGCGUGCGAGCGAGUGAAAAGGUGCGCGCUGUGAUAACGAGGUCACAGGUGUGAAUUCGAUGGUGUAAAUAUAAUAUGUGGUAUGCCGAUGUUUAGGCGCACACGCGACGAAGAUAGAAGGAGUGUGAGAUAAGUGGUGGAAGCCGGCCCCGAAGUUGAAAAGAGGUGAAUUUCAACGGACGGAGCCCGUGAAGGAUUUCGCGUUCUACUGUAAACGAUUUUUAGCGAACUCGAGCAUUAUCGACAUUAAUAUAACACAUACACACGAGAAGACAAAUACACACGUACAAUACCGAUUCAUACGUACACAGGUACACACAAAAGCGUAAGAAAUAUAACAAUUGACGAAUAGCGAGUAGCGUGUGACGGUGAAAAAAAAAAAAAUUAGAGAUUAUUACAAAGUUUUGUAAAUAACGACAGAGAUAUUAAUAAAAUGAUACUUAUUCAAAGGAAACUUAAA